AUGAUGAUGAAUCCUCGAGGAUUUGGUAUUAAAAGGUUUAAGAGGAGCAUCAAUAAUGAUUCGUUGACGAAAUUUAUUAAUGAUAAUAGAAAUAUUGAAUCUUCUACUGUAUUUCAAGGUAAUUUAUAUGAAUAUACUGUAAUGAGAGAACUUGAAAGCAAGUUAAAUGUUAUUAAUAUGAUGAAAAUAGGUGGCUCGAAUGAUGGUGGGAUUGAUUUAGUGGGUGAUUGGCCAUUAAGGACAAUUUAUGAGAAAAUGAAUUUGAUUCUUAAAUUAGAUGGAAACAAGAUUCCAUCAAUUUCAAAAAUUAAUGGGAGAACUAUUAAGCCAAUAUACAAUUCAAUUUUGAAAGGGAAUUUGGAUACAAUGGAUUUAAAAAUCUUGGUUCAAUGUAAGGCCUUUUCAAGUUCAAAAGUUUCACCAAAGGAAUUACGAGAAUUAGUUGGAGCAUACUCAACUCAUUGUAAUAGACCUAGUGAUAAAAAUAAGACAAUUGUAAUGAUGUGUUCCCCAAAUUUGCUAACUUCGAAAGGGUUGGAAUUAAUUAAUUCUGUAAAAAUCCCAUUGAUAUACUUAAGAGUAAGUUUAAUAAAGAAUUUAAAUAAGGAGUAUGACAUUGAAAAUUCAGGGAAAUUAUUAAAUUAUUACGAAAAUUCGUACACUUCAGAAUUAUUGCAAAAUCUUGGUGUGAAAGAAUGGCUAAAGCUGGGAUUAUACAAUGCUGAUUUGAAUUCCAGAAAUAAUGUGAAAUGA